UGAAUCAAUAACAAAGGAAUUUACGAAAAACUUCUGAAAACCAGCGUAGUAUAACAAACAAGAAAAUGACAGAAAGUCGUAUAAUGAGACCAUUGAUCGAAGCCAUACAUUCUACUUCCACUCAAUCAGUCGUCUACAUCGCUGGUGGCGCCUCCCAUGCGGUUGGAUGGUUGACUUCAGUUCCUGGAGCCUCCAACACGCUUCUAGAAGCUCUGGUUCCUUACUCAAGAAUGGCCAUGAUCCAAUUACUGGGCAAGAUUCCAGCGCAAUUUGCAGAUUCAUCAACUGCGGAAGAAAUGGCCCUAGUGGCGUAUAAUCGUGCUUUGAAAAUAUGUAAACCUGGGUGUCCUGUUCUUGGUGUGGGUUUCACGGGUUCUUUGGCUACCACUCGCCCGAAACAAGGGGAUCACAGGUUUCACUUGUGCACCAGAACAUCCAAUCGUCUUUGGCUUUCUACUGUCACCUUGUCAAAGGGACUCCGUACUCGAGAGGAAGAGGAAAUUCUUUCAAGUCAGUUUUUGCUCAAGGCAAUUGCUGGUGCAAGCAAAGCCCCUAUAGAUUUCACUCCAGAGUUGAAAGAAUUGGACAUGUCUACAGAAAGGGAAAGGUUAUUUAGUGAAGAUGAAGAGUUGGAACAGCUUUUGGAUGGGAAAAUAUGUUUCAAGGUUUAUGAUUUUACAAGUGAAGGAAAGUCCUCAAGUGCGGAAAGAAAGAUAAUACUUCCUGGUUCAUUCAAUCCUUUACAUGAAGGUCAUCUUCAGCUCAUGGAAGUCGCAAGCAGCCUUUUGGGGAAUGGAUAUCCGUGCUUUGAGCUUUCGGUAGUCAAUGCUGAUAAACCACCUCUAACAAAAUCUCAGAUCAAGGAGCGUGUUAAGCAAUUUGAGAUGGCUGAUAAAACAGUAAUAAUAUCGAACCAGCCCUAUUUCUAUAAAAAGGCUGAGCUCUUCCCCGGGAGUGCUUUUGUAGUUGGUGCUGAUACCGUGGUCAGGCUUAUUAAUCCUAAGUACUAUGAUGGAAGUUACAACAGGAUGAUAGAGGUACUCCUUAAAUGCAAAAAUACUGGGUGCAUAUUCAUUGUUGGUGGCCGAAAUGUGGACGGUGUUUUCAAGGUUCUUGAAGAUAUUAGUAUUCCUGAUGUUCUAAAAGACAUGUUCAUCCCAAUACCAGCUGAUAAGUUUCGGAUGGACAUAUCCUCAACAGAGCUUAGAAGAAAUCGAGAUUGAGGCUGAUUAUAUCUGGUGUAUAUGCUUGUUGAAUGUUGAUGAUGAUUGACAUUUUGUACAGAAUACAAGGAUAGAAUCUGAUAGUUCGGAAUAUUAACAAAUCAGAGAUCUGUAUGUUAUAGUUCAGGAUUGCACGAGUUCAUUUAUUAACGUUUUUUCCCCGGUCCACCACUGUUUAGACCCGGGGUUUUAUUAGUUGAACAUACACUUUUGUAAUUGGAUCCACACGAGCUUUUGAUUUAUUUUUUAAAAUUGGAUUUGGUUAGGA